GACACCUGUGGUGGCCAGCCGACCUCCAUCCCAGAGUAGUGUAAUGAGACCACCAACAAGAAGUGGGAGUCGACCCAAUACACAAGAUAGUCAGAGAGACACAGCUAGAACAGAAUAUGGCAGGCCAACUAGUAAGAGCAGUCAAAGGUCAACAGGAAGUAAAAGUUCUUUGAAAGCACCAAGUAUUGCUGAACACCCAGAAUACAAACAAGCCUUUGGAUCCAAGCCAAGGAUUCUUAGAACUCCACAUGGAAGGGAAGGCACACCAUCUAAUCCAGGAACACCACAUCUCAGGACCCCAGAUAGUUCAAGGAGGCCCACCAGCAGAGGAUCAGUUGGUAGUCUACCUCCACAGCCACAGUACUCUGAGUCAGGACCAAGACCAAGUUCUGCUGGAAAGUCUGGUGGAUCUAUUUCUGGUGGAUCAAGGAAGCUCUCUACAGGAAGUGCACACAACCAGGAUGCAUAGACAAGGGAGAUUACUCAUUUUAAUGACUUGUGAUAGGUCAUAGAACAUUCCAUUUUUAUAUGACUUAGUUAUAUUUUAGUGCUAUUUAUUAAUGUCUUUUAUGAAUGUUAAAUGCAGUGACUUUGAAGUAUGUGCAUUUACUCUUCUCUAAAUAUGUUUCAUCUGUUAAAUUUUGUUCGUAGUUAUAAAAGUCAGGUUGUACUGUACUUAUAUUUGUUUAAAGUCAGGUUGUACUGUACUUACAU